UCUUUUUUUUUUUUUUCACUCAGAGAAAUAUCUAUAUCAAUAUAAUUGCUUUUGUUGCAGCAAGAGAUUCCUGUUGAAUAGUUUCUUUCCAUGUCUUUCUGUAUUUUUCUAGGGCUUUAGAAGAUUUUCAGUGAACAGGUGUUGUGUACUGUGAAAGUGACUAGGUUAGGGCAUUUGUGGGAAGUCAGACCUACAGAUUGAAUGGUUUUGUGCAGGGAUUUAGUGUAUCGUAAUGACCCUGAUGAAGCCAUGGCAUAUGGAUCUCCUCAUCUAUGGAAAGAAGCUGUCUCCCACUGCAAAGGAAGCAGGUAGGUUUGUUAUAAGACAUUCAGAAGGCCUAGAUUCUAAACUGAUGGAAAUUUCUGUUACUCUUUGGCAGACUGUGUGAUCAUAGAUUCAUGGAAUGGUUUGGAUUGGAAGAGACCUUAAGAUCAUCAACUUCCAAGUCUCUGCCAUGGCAGAGGCACCUGUUACUAUAUACCAGGUUGAUCACAGCCCCAUCCAACCUGACCUUGGACACUUCCAGGGAUAUCCACAACUUCUCUGGGCAACCUUUUCCAGUACCUCAUCACCCUCAUAGUAAAGAAUUUCCUCCUGAUAUCUAAUCUAAACCUGACUUUGUUUAGUGUAAAGUCAUCAUCCCCUUGUCCUAACACGACAUACACAUGUGAAAAGGCCCUCUCCAACUCUUCUGUAGACCCCUUUAGGUAGUGGGCUGCUUCUGGAUAUCUCCCUUGGAGCCUUCUUUUCUCCAGGCGAAAUACUCUCAGAUUCUCUCGGCACAGGGGAGGUGCUCGAGCCCUCUGAUCCUCUUUGUAGCCCUCUGGACUCACUCCAACAGGUCCCUGGUAUUCUGAUGGGAGCCCCAGAGCUGCAUGCAGUAGUCCAGGUGGGGUCUCAGGAGAGUCAAGUAGAGGGGGAGAAUCUCUCAACUCACUGUAUGCAUCUCAUUUUUUUUUGUCAGAUGCCUCCUUUUCUACCCUUCAUUUGACUUGUUUAUUUGGGUGAUAUAACUAUUAAAUUCUCUGUUGUCUGGACAACAGCUUGUUGUUGACAACCUUGAUGUUAGCCUGUAAGCAUUGCUGUAACAUAUGCAGCCAAUUUACAGAGAAGUAAUGGGAAGAAGAUAAAAGAAGAGGAAAAAAUCUUAAUGCAAAAAAUACAUGAAAGAGCAAGACACCAUUGUCUAUGCAUGUGUUGGAAAACCAAGGUUUCUGUAUGUUAAGUUAAAAGUUUUCUUAUUAAUAUCUGGAAUUUCAAAGGAUAUCCUGAUAUAAUGUCCAAGGCUUCGUGCUGAGAAAAUGGCAAAGCUGGAUUUUUUCCUAAAAGUAGUAUUGGUUGAUUCUGUAAGUAAACAUAUUCCUUUUGCUGCAGUGGUAUAAUUCUUUGUAUUUACUUUGCUUGUAAGGAAAAGAGUUUUUAACUCCAUAAUGAUAAUAGUGGUGCACAAUGCCUGAUCAGGACAAAAAGUUGAAGAGCACAGAAAAAGCAAUAGAAAAAAAGCCUCCUGGGAUCUCUAUGAGCGAUUAUUGUGAUCUAAAAAGGUUUCAGUCUCUCUUAAGUGUUCAGUCAAGGAACCAACAGCUUCCAGCUAUAUACAUUGAAUGUGGUCAAACCAGUGUGACAAGAACUUGGCAAAAUGUCAAAAGCAGUGAACAAAAGUCUAAUGGUCAAUGGCAAGAAUCAACAGAAGCUGUUGAGCUUGAAAAAUUUAGUGUAACCCACAAGAAUGAGAGAAAUUUUAACAAGAAUCCCAAGCGUCAGCUGUUUUAAGAUAUCUUUACAACCUUAGUUAAGGACAGACUUGCCUGCAGAUCACAAUGGGUUAGUCAAGCUCCGUCCAUCCAUUUUCUUAGAGUAUUAAUCUGCCUGAGAUUAUUAAUAAUGGAUCCAUGGUACCAGGAAAUGCUCCACAGUCUGGGUGGAAUUGAAAAUCUAGCUCAGUACAUGGAAACAGCAGCAAAUCAUUAUCUUAAUUACAGAGAAGAGCAGCAGCAGCUUAAAGAAUCAAUGUGUGUCUUCCUUUGUUCCACAGAUAUUUUCCAAAAGCUUUCUGCUGUUAGAAAUCAAAGAGUGACAAGUGGAGCACAUAAAACCCUAGUAAAUUUGUUAUCUGCCACAGACAUCCAUAAGUUUUUUGGUGCUCUUCUUUCCCUGACUAGCUCAGCAGAAUGUCCAGAAUGCAGGGAGAUGAUAAGCAAGAUUGCUGAGAACUUGCUGGUGAUAUUACAUGAACAUGAUUUUCUAUCUAACAGGUUCACAGCAGAGUUGCUAUGACUCCUUUGUGCAGAGUCAUGAGUCAAGGAGAAAAUAAUGUAUGAAGGAGUUGCAGUCAUGUUCAAUUUGCUCCGUGCUGAUCACAUCAAACUUCUAUGGAGUAUAGUUUUUAAUCUGGUACAGGUUUGUGAAGAUUCUGAGACUAGUGUGGAAAUUUGGAUCUGGGGUAGAAUCAAGCAGCUCCUUCAUAUGUUACAGGAGUAGGGAAAGGCUCAUCUGACCCUUAUAUCAAACUCUUCAGCUGGAAGUUUAUCUAGUGCAAAUGCAGCAGGGACAAUCCAGUAUCAUCAUUUGUCAGAUGAGCUAAGUCCUGAUGGGAUACAAGAAAAUACUUUCUCACUUAAAGCAACUUGUUGUGCUGCAGUCACUGAACUGGUGCUCAAUGAGACUACUGCUUUCCAGACUGUACAGGCAAAUACAAUAUAUACAAUAGCAAAGCUAAUUUUACCAGGCAAAGAAAGGAAUGCUGAAAAAAACAGUUUAGUACAGUAAUAUGUUUUCAGAGCCCUGAGAUUUCUCUUCAGUAUGGAAAGAAAUCAACAUAUUUUUGAAAGAUUUUUCUGUACUGACUUAUUUGAAAUCCUUAUUGAUAUUGGACAUUAUGUGCAUGAUAUCAGAGCUUAUGAAGGGUUGGUAUCAAAGCUAAAUUCAUUAAAGGAGGAUAUAUUGAAGCAAAUCACUGAAAUACAGAACAUUAAUAAGGCACCCACAAAGCAUGUAGGAAAUCAUGCAAUUUUAGAGCAUAUUGGCAGUGGAGCUUUUGGAAGUGUAUAUAAGGUAAACUUUUUUUUGCUAUUAUUUUACAGAUUUGAGGGGAAGCUUCAUGAAAAGGGUCUAAUACCUGUUCUAGGUACAACUAUUGUCAUGGAGUUCAUGGAGGGGGUGGCAUUGGGAGAACACUUUCAGUCUUUGAAGGAAAAGCAACAGUUUGCAGAAGACAAAAUAUGGCAUAUUUUGGCAAAGCUUUGUCUAGCUCUUCAUUAUUUGCAUAAAGAGAAAAGGAUUGUUCAUUGAGAUGUCACUGUGAACAAUGUCAUGUUGGGGGAUAAAUACAAAUGUGGCUUGCAUUGCUUUCUCUCUAGUCCUGAAGUUGUAAAAGGUGAGCUGCAUGGAGAGAAGGCUGAUGUCUGGGCUGCAGGAUGCAUCCUUUAACAGAUGGCCACUCUGAGCCCACCAGUUUAUAGCACCAAUAUGCCCUCCUUGGCAACUAAAAUUGUAGGGGCUGUGUGUGAACCUGUGCCAGAAGGACUGUACUCUGAAAAAGUCUCAUUUCACAUUAAGAGCUGCUUGACUCCUGAUGCAGAGGCAUGUUCAGACAUAGUGGUGGUCAGCUCCCUGCUGUCUGAUGUGAUGAUGAAGUACCUGGAUGUUUUAUCCACCUCUCAUCUCAUGCUGGAGAAGAAACUGGACUGGGAGAGGAGACAAACCCAGCAGUACUUCAUGGAGGCUAAUUGAAAUGCUAUAGCCUAUCACCAUCGACUUUCCAUUUUAUCUCAAAAAAAUUAUGAGAAGUUAAGUCUGCAUCAUAGCAGCAGUAGAACAGCCAGUUGUAAAAGCGAAUUUUCAGAAAAUACUGACCUUCCAGUUGACAGCUAUUAGUCUGCACAUGGAAAAGAUGAGGAAAAAACAUAUGAAGCAAUCCUGGUAGAGGAUGACAGGACUAUGGAGAAAGGUAGACAUUAGCAAAAGAAGCAUCAGGUAUUUUCUCUGGAUGACAGUGAGAUAGACAUAGUGGACAAUACAAGCUGCUCUAGUUCAAGUAAUUUGGAAGAGUCUGCUAUUGCUGCCCUCCUGAUUUUACUCUUGUCACCUACGGUGACGGCAGGAAUUGCCGUAUCACAAAGGAAGGUGUGUCAGAUCAGCGAUCCUGUUCAGCAGAUUCUUAUUCAGCUGCACAAAAUUAUCUUCAGCACUCAACUUCCUCCAGCUUUGCAAUGCAACUUGAAAAGCAGAAUCAAUGAGAGAUUCAAAAAGUCCCACUUCAGUCGGCAGAACAAUCCUUGUAAACUGAAAUCAGAAAAUCCCAUUUACUACUUGUGGUCAAGUCCUGAAUUGAUUGAACCCUAUAUGUUCACAGUGGAUUGGCAUGGGGUACAUCUUUCUUUAGGUGGAAAUAUGUUGCUUCCAGAUGACAUAAAAGGCAUUUUUGGCGCUUCUGGCAUGGCAGAAGGGAUGACAUAUGAACAGUUGCAGAUAAGCUUUCUUUUGUGUUGUAGACUAAUUGAAGAGGUUCUAGAGGAAAGUGGUUAUUAUAGUUUCUCUUCUUACAGGUCAGUCUAG